UUGGUUGCGCUGCCGAAAACAGCUGUUCCACCAAAUGUUUAGCCAGUUUAAACAAAACGUGUUUACAGUAGUCUAGAACUUGUACCUGAUUAAUUAAAACAUAGAACAUGACUGAAAUAGAAGGCUAUAGAGUUGUGCCGCUGCGAAUGACGCCGGAUGCGAAACAUUGUCACAGCGUUUAUAUGCGCGAGCAUUUCAUACGUUUAAUGGAUCCCAACAAACCAAAAGGCCGCACACUAUUUCUGCUCAACGUGCCGCCGUAUAUAACGGAAGAAAGCCUGCAAACGUUCUUCAAGCGCGCCGGCAACGUGGAGAGCGUUUUGUUUGCCGAGAAACCUGGACGCGAUGAGACAGCCAAGUGGUACGAGGGAACGGAUGUGCCCUUCUCGAAUGUCCAGACACCCUUCAAGUUCAAGGUGGCCUAUGUGGUCUUUCAGAAGAGCAUCAGCAUUGGCCGGGCGCUGGCCAUAGAAAGCCUCGACUUAUUUAACAGCAGCGGCGAAUGCCUGAUUAAAACGGGCAUGGAGCUGUGGCACGACGACUACGAGAACAAUUACAUACUGGAUGUGGAAAAGACCCAGAAGGAAAUCAAUGCCUAUAUGGCUGACUACGAUAAACGGGAGCGUGCCGCACUGGCGGCAGCCAAAACAAGCGAAGCGGAUCCCGACGGUUGGGUCACGGUGGGCAAAGAUGGACGCAAUGCGGGCUUUGAGCAGAAGGAAUCUGUUAUUGGACGCAUCGAAAGUAAACUGACAAAGGAUAAAAAAACCAAGGAGCUCAAAAACUUUUACACAUUUCAAAUACGUGAAAGCAAAAUGCAAAGUAUUGUUGAGCUGCGUCAGAAAUACGAGGAGGAUAAGCAGAAAAUCGAAUUACUUAAGAAAUCGAGACGCUUCCGACCAUUUUAGAAUAGUUUAGUAAUAAUAAUAAAAAUAAAUGUAAAAU